AUGGAACCAAUAACAUUCACAGCGAGGAAGCAUCUGUUUCCUCACGAGGGCUCCGUGGACUUCAGCCUGCAGCUGGUGGGCUCCUUGUGUGUGCACUCUCUGACCACCAUGCCGAUGCUGCCCUGGGCCGUGGCAGAGGUGCGCAGGCUCAGUGGGCAGUCCUCCAAAAAGGAGCCUGGUGCCAGGCAAGUCCGGCUUUGUGUUUCCCCCUCUGGACUGAGAUGUGACUCCGAGCCGGGGAAGAGUCAACAGUGGGAUCCGCUGAUAUGUUCCAGCAUCUUCGAGUGUAAGCCCCAGCAUGCUCACAAACUGAUUCACAACAGUCACGAUCCAAGUUACUUUGCUUGUCUGAUUAAGGACAAUGCAGCCAGUCAGCAGAGUAUCUGCUAUGUGUUCAAAGCCGAUGAUCAAACAAAAGUGCCUGAGAUCAUCAGCUCCAUCCGCCAGGCCGGGAAGAUUGCCCGGCAGGAGGAGCUCCAUUGCCCGUCCGAGUUUGAUGACACGUUUGCCAAGAAGUUUGAGGUGCUCUUCUGUGGCCGGGUGACGGUGGCUCACAAGAAGGCCCCUCCAGCCCUGAUCGACGAGUGCAUUGAGAAGUUCAACCACGUCAGUUGCAGCAGGAAAGCCGAAUUUGACUUGGUCCCCCAGAAUUCUGAAACCCCAAAUCCCACGGGAGGCCUUUCCUUCACGGAGAAGUUCCGAUCUGUGCUCCAGCCAGUGGGGAACGGCGAGCAGGGCCGGAGGCCCAUGCGCAAAUCCUUCUCCCAGCCCGGGCUGCGCUCGUUGGCCUUUAAGAAGGAGUUUCAAGAUGGAAGCCUUCGAAGUAGUAGUUUUUUCAGCUCCUUUGAGGAAAACGACAUUGAGAACCACCUCCUUAGUGGACACAAUAUUGUGCAGCCGACAGAUAUUGAGGAAAAUCGAACGAUGCUCUUCACGAUUGGCCAAUCUGAAGUUUACCUCAUCAGUCCUGACACCAAAAAAAUAGCAUUGGAGAAAAAUUUUAAGGAGAUAUCCUUUUGCUCUCAGGGUAUCAGACACGUGGACCACUUUGGGUUUAUCUGCCGAGAGUCUUCAGGGGGCGGAGGCUUUCAUUUCGUCUGUUACGUGUUUCAGUGCACCAAUGAAGCUCUGGUGGAUGAAAUCAUGAUGACCCUGAAGCAGGCAUUCACCGUGGCUGCCGUGCAGCAGACAGCAAAGGCACCUGCCCAGCUGUGUGAGGGCUGCCCCCUGCAGGGCCUGCACAAGCUCUGUGAGCGGAUAGAGGGAAUGAAUUCUUCCAAAACCAAACUAGAACUCCAGAAGCACCUGACGACAUUAACUAAUCAGGAGCAAGCAACUAUUUUUGAAGAGGUUCAGAAAUCGAGACCAAGAAGUGAACAGCGAGAGAAUGAAUUGAUUAUUUCUUUCCUGAGAUGUUUAUAUGAAGAGAAACAAAAAGGUCACAUCCAUAUUGGGGAGAUAAAGCAGACCUCACAGAUUGCAGCAGAGAAUAUUGGAAGUGAGUUACCACCGAGUGCCACUCGAUUUAGACUAGAUAUGCUGAAAAAUAAAGCCAAGAGAUCUUUAACAGAGUCUUUAGAAAGUAUUUUAUCCCGGGGUAGUAAAGCCAGAGGCCUCCAGGAACACUCCUCCAGUCUGGAUCUGGACAGCUCCAUGUCUAGCACUUUAAGUAACACGAGCAAAGAGCCGUCCGUGUGUGAGAAAGAGGCCCUGCCCGCCUCCGAGAGCUCCUUCAGGCUCCUUGGCUCCUCAGAUGACCUGUCCAGUGACCCAGAGAGCCAGCCCGCAGAAGAGCCUGCCCCACUGUCACCCCAGCAGAGCUUCCGAAGGCGCGCCAACACCCUGAGUCAUUUCCCCGUGGAGUGCCCGGAGCCUCCGGAACCGGCUCAGGGGUCUCCGGGGGCCUCCCAAAGGAAACUUAUGAGGUACCACUCAGUGAGCACAGAGACGCCUCAUGACCGGAAGGACUUUGACUCCAAAGCUAACCACCUUGGCGACGCCAGCAGGACCCCCGUGAAGACACGGAGACACUCGUGGAGGCAGCAGAUAUUCCUCCGAGUGGCAACCCCACAGAAAGUGUGCGACUCUCCCAGCAGAUAUGAAGAUUACUCAGAACUGGGAGAGCUUCCACCACGAUCUCCUUUAGAACCAGUUUGUGAAGAUGGACCCUUCGGCCCCGUCCCAGAGGAAAAGAAAAGGACAUCUCGUGAGCUUCGAGAGUUAUGGCAAAAGGCUAUUUUACAACAGAUACUGCUUCUCAGAAUGGAGAAGGAAAAUCAGAAGCUGCAAGCCUCUGAAAAUGAUUUGCUGAACAAGCGCCUAAAGCUCGAUUAUGAAGAAAUCACUCCUUGUCUCAAAGAAGUAACCACAGUUUGGGAAAAGAUGCUUAGCACCCCAGGAAGAUCAAAAAUUAAGUUUGACAUGGAGAAAAUGCAUUCGGCUGUUGGUCAAGGUGUGCCACGUCAUCUCCGGGGGGAAAUCUGGAAGUUCCUAGCAGAGCAAUACCGCCUUCAACACCAGUUUCCCAGCAAACAGCGACCAAAGGACAUGCCGUACAAAGAACUCUUAAAACGGCUCACCUCCCAGCAGCAUGCGAUUCUUAUCGACCUUGGGCGAACCUUCCCGACACAUCCAUACUUCUCGGCCCAGCUUGGGGCGGGGCAGCUGUCACUCUACAACAUUCUGAAGGCCUACUCGCUUCUAGACCAGGAGGUGGGGUACUGCCAAGGCCUCAGCUUUGUAGCGGGCAUCUUGCUGCUUCACAUGGGUGAGGAGGAGGCAUUUAACAUGCUCAAGUUUCUGAUGUUUGAAAUGGGACUGCGGAAACAGUAUCGGCCGGACAUGAUUAUUUUACAGAUCCAGAUGUACCAGCUCUCAAGGCUUCUUCACGAUUACCACAGAGACCUCUACAAUCACCUCGAGGAGCACGAAAUCGGCCCCAGCCUCUAUGCCGCGCCCUGGUUUCUCACCGUGUUUGCCUCCCAGUUCCCACUGGGAUUUGUAGCCAGAGUCUUUGAUAUGAUCUUUCUUCAGGGAUCAGAGGUCAUAUUUAAAGUGGCAUUAAGUCUGUUGGGAAGCCAUAAGCCCUUGAUUCUGCAACAUGAAAACCUAGAAACCAUAGUUGACUUUAUAAAAAACACCCUUCCCAAUCUGGGCUUGGUGCAAAUGGAAAAGACCAUCAGUCAGGUGUUUGAGAUGGAUAUCUCUAAACAAUUACAAGCCUAUGAAGUUGAGUACCACGUGCUUCAAGAAGAACUUAUCGAUUCCUCUCCUCUCAGUGACAACCAAAGAAUGGACAAAUUAGAGAAGACCAACAGCAGCUUGCGCAAACAGAACCUUGACCUCCUUGAACAACUGCAGGUGGCAAAUGGUAAGAUCCAGAGCCUGGAAGCCACCAUUGAGAAGCUUCUGACCAGUGAAAGCAAGCUGAAGCAGGCCACCCUUGCCUUGGAGCUGGAGCGAUCAGCCCUGCUGCAGACGGUGCAGGAGCUCCGGGGGCAGAUGACAGCAGAGCCAUGCGGGCCGGAGCCUGACCUCACGGGACCCGGGCCCACGGGCGACUGAUGGCAGAGGAGACGCCUCCUCGCCAGAGCACGGCUCCGGGGGAGACUCGGCGGCCCCGUCCUAGCACUGUCCAGGCCUUAACUGAGAGGGACAGAGGAUGCCAGAGGAAGAGAACAAGGCAUGACGCGUGCUUCUCAGGGAGGACGCUGGCUUGCCAGCAUGCAGACUUCUGAACUAGAACUUGCAAGUCAUGGGGACGGAGGUCCCAGUGUUUUUGUUGUUGUUUAGGUUGCAAUUCGUCCCUUCUUUAGUCCCUUUUACUGUACCCAGUAGGUUUAGGUGGCAUGGAUGUGAAUAAACGCACCUUCAUGUUUCCUUGUUGUUUCCUUAUUCAGCAUCACUGUGCUUGCAAAGGUCAGUUAGUCCUGUGGAAGUACAAGGGC